GCUCUUGAACAGAUUUAAUUAUCAUCGAGCUCUCUGUAAAAUUGUAGCUAUUGAACGUUUAACUUCAUAAAAUUGUAAAACUGUUCCCAGGUCAGGCAUAACAACAUCGGCCGAAGAAAGGCGGAACCGAUUAUCAUUUAAAAAAUUUCCGGCAGGAAGACGUUCAACAGAACACCGACUUCCGCUCAGCUGGAGAAUUUAAAAAUUUUGUUUUGUCUAGGCUGAAACUCGUCCUUCAGACAUGUCCACGCUGUUCCCCUCUUUGUUCCCUAGGAUGACAGAGUCUCUGUGGUUUAAUCUGGACCGGCCGUGUGUGGAUGAAACUGAACUACAACAGCAGGAGCAGCAGCACCAGACCUGGUUACAGAACAUUGCAGAGAAGGACAGUAACCUGAUGCCCAUCGGUCGGCCGGUGUUUGAGACAUUUGAUGAGGAGGAAGAGGAGGAUGAUGAAGAUGAAGAGGACAGUGAGGAGGACUCUGAGGAGGAUGAGGACAUGCAGGACAUGGAUGACAUGAACAUUUAUAAUGAGUUUCCUGAUGACGGCGAGAUAAAUGAGGUGGAUAUGGAGGGAGCAGAUCAGGACCAAGACCAGUGGAUGAUCUGAACCUCAUAUUUUGUCUCAGCAUAGCAGAGGUGCACUUAUGUCUGCCCACACUGCUGGUCUCAUUUGAGAGUCAGAUGAGACCAUUUGGACACUUUUCAAGAACACACCCAUCAUGAGAACUGUCUUGGUUUAGUCUAUCAUACUGUCACCUACUCAAGGACAACUGGGGGAGUGUGCACAUAAAGGGGUGUGUGUGCAUGCAACCGAGUGCGUGCGGCCGAGUGUGUUAGUGUGAACUGAGUUGUUGAGUUCGAGCUCAGUGGUUUGAUGUGUAUAUAUGGUUUACAUUUAUAUAAACACUGCUUGUAAAUAAAAUGCUGUUAUUUAAA